UUUAUAACACCGUGUAAAAGACGUGGGGACCCAAAGACAAAAUAUAUAGGCUUUACGGGUCUAUGCUUAAUUCAAGGAAAUCCGAAGGUAAUUAGUAUAUAAUGCGAGUGCAGGGGCACCCAAUGGACCUGUUCCUCAAAAUAUCUGUUCUUCAUGCAAAUUUUUGUUGGCUGGGAGAUGUGGAAGAAAUAAUAGUCCUUGGAAGGAAAGUGUUGCUGGGAAAAAGAUAAUUCAGGGUGUCAGAGGGGAUUUGAAGUCUAGAAUAGCUGCUACGGGUUACUUGUAUGGGUUGCUUACCACAAGAUCUGAAUUGUGCCCUAUGAAACUACCCAGUAAGUCAGGUUGCAGGUUGUAAGGUUGCUGGCUGGGAACUCUUCCAUCAGUCUUGCUGGGAGUGAGGAACAGAUAAUUUUUUUCCAGCAAUCUCCCAAAAUGCUUAAAAUAGUCUCAGAAAACUUUAUUCACGCUUUGUUGUUGUUUUUAGGUCUUUUUCUCAAAAUUUCCCGCUGGGUGCCCCUGCGAGUGUUUAAAAAUCAUUGUUAAUUUGUGAGGUCUUUGCUAUUUAUUUUGUUCAUUCGUUUGGAACCUCUUCAAAAUUCAUCGAGUUUAUUUAACUCAAAAUUCCUUGGUACACUGAAGUACAAAAUUCAUAAGUGAAGAAUUCUCGACCAGUAAAUUAUCUGAAUUAUCUGAAGAGGUACUCAGGGAGAUACUGAAAAGAUAUGAAAUGCUUCGUUGUUUCGGCUCACAAGUUUCUGUUGUUUUGGUGAGGAAUACCUAGGUCGCGAAUCCUUUUAUAAUUACCUCUCGUCUCGGUGAAUUUACCGGAUUUAAACCACAUUAGCUUUUAUUUCAAAAUUACCAAGAAUGAUUCUAAUGUGCCGUUGAAGAUGUAAUAAGUAAUGGCAUUACUUAACAGUGAAAGUUGUGUUAACUUAAUACCAACUAGACUUAAAGAGCCGUGUCAGUUUGUUUCAAAUGAAAUCUUUUUUAAAGUACUACACCUUACUACGAGUUAGUUGUAGCCAAGGUCUUUUUAUUGGUAUGGAUAAAAUCAUCUUGCCAUAUGAAUGAAAGUUAACUCAACUACAGCGAACCGACUAGAACCGAGUAUGUAUAUUUUUUACUUUCCUGUGUAAGGUGUUUGCAGUGAGGCCCAAAAGCUUAAGAUAAUAUACUGAUGUGAGUUUUACUUGAAUCGGAACUUGGAAGAAUUUAGUCCACCCGUUGACUAUGUUUUUGUGUAUGUAAAACUCUUCCCUUUUUUAUGGGUCUGAUUUUUGUAACCCAGUUUAUCAUGACUUGAGAAUUCAUGAUAGAGAUUCAGUCUUGACACAUAAAUAAAUUAGUUCACACUGACAACUACUACUACUACUACUACUCAGUACUACUGCGACAUGAGGUGAAGAUGUUCUCCUUUUCUUUGGCUUUUCUCGGGAAAUUUAUACCUAAGCUCCCGACGGUUAAACAUAAACAAAGCGGUACACCUGAUUUAUAUAUCUUAUAAGGGUAUGCGAAAAACUUGUGGUUACAGCUUCUGGCGAAUAUGUACCUCAUGUUUGCAAUUGAAGAAAAGACAUCAAGAACGAUUUUCGUGAUUACUAGAACAGUGGAGCUCGCUCCAGUAUAGUAAAGUGACUCCGAGACCGUUUUAUGCACGGGGAUACGUUCUGAUUUCAAGGAUAAAUGGGUUUAAAUGUAAUUUUUCUAUUAGACCACAGUUUGAAACCUAAACAAGACAUAUUUACUUUGAUAUUGCUUCUCCAUCAGUAACCACUGUAUAACGCCUACACAAACAACGCCUCAGCAUUCAAAUUCUCGGUAUAGAAAUUAAAAUAAAUGUAUUCUGAAUGAAGAACUGUGAUAUAGUGGUUGACAAAGGGCAGAUGACAGAAUGAACAGAACGUUGAAAUGUCCUGACUGAGUCACCGAUGCCCAAAGUAUCACGGUAUAUAAAUCAGUCAUGUUUUCGAAGUUUUAAACCAAUAUACAGCAAUUCUAGCCGCUGAGUUAAAGCCAACAAAGGCACAGCUCUUGUUAAAAUUAUUACAAAAAAUGAAACAACAUGUAGUUAUGUCUAUCAUUUCAGUUAUAAUUAACGCAACAGUAAACUAGAGGCCUAAAGACAAGCUUAAAAGAAAUCGUACAGUAUUUUGACAAUGAGUAGAAACAAAACCCAGUGGCUUUGAUGUAUUUAUAUAGAUGUCUAUCAAAACUACCUUCUUUGUACCCAAACAGAUGAGAUUCGGAAAAAAUAGUAUGUACUCUUCUUUACAAAUUAAAGAGAAGGCGCUUACAAACUCAAAACUGGAGAGUAAUUUUGAAGCUUAGUAUCAUCACUUUCAGCUCACUUGCAGUUAAUAGUCGGUAGCUCAAGUAGAUCAUGAACAGAACGGACAACAUUACGCAGAUAACUUCGGUUGAUCGAAAUGUAUAUUAUUAUUUUUUCAUAUAUCAUAAAUAUAGUUUGAACAAAAUAGUCUAAAAUUUUUUUAGGGAUCCUCUUUCGUUAGUCAUCAUUCAUUGCUAUACAUUUCCUAAUGGGUAAGCACUGUUUUGCUCGAUCAUGUAACACUCAGACACUUGUAUCAUUAAUCGAGUGGAAAGCAACCGGUGGCUAUAGCCCGGCCUUUCCUAUUAAGCUAGAGUACAAGACUUCAUUUUCACUAAAACUAUUGAAUGUUGAAUCUUUUCUUCCUUUUUCAGCGUGGCGAACAAUUCUGCUUUUCAGUCAUGAAGACACUGCUAACUGAUGAAGCUCCAUUGCCGAGGUCUCUGUGGGCAAACUGCCAUUUAAAUAAAAUUUUUUUAAGUACGUACUCUCGUCCUCGGUUAUGAACUUUCGUAUUUUAUUGCGUUUUAAACUGAUUUCACUCUUAACUAGGAUCCAAGGUUACCAAAUCAUUUUCUUGCUUUCACAGAAUUUUUUUCUGUUUUUAAUUUCACAGAAUUUUCCUCUGUGUUCGAGAGGUUCUGGAUUCUCUCGAAUCUGCACACCCACACACAUAGUUUUUAAUGUUAUGUGAUUAAAACUUCCAUGAUGUAUCAAGACUGAGAAUGUAGAACCAUAAAUAAUUGCAACACUAUUUAAUUCACUUGAAAAUAUACAAUAACCUUUGUAAAAACAGAAAUCAGAGCUCAUUACCGCUUGCUAAGCAAGUUAAGUCACCUUUCCCAGCACUGCCAACUUAAGCUGAUUAUUAUAACUGUCCACCAACUGCACUGAUGGCUUUGAAGUCAGUCGGCAUCACAGAGUGUUCCGAUAGCAGGCUGUUAGGGACGGGCAGAAAAGAGUGACUGACUUGUUACUGUUUUAUCCGUUCAGAAAACAGUGAAUUUAUUUGAAUUUCAAUUUUUAAGAUGCCAUGAUUGACUGAUUUUAGACUCCAGAUCCACAAAGCGAAGAAGAUGACAGUCCGUUGGAUGUCUGUGAUUGCGGACUACGAUGUUAUUAGACUAGGUGUGCCGGCGAAAGUCAUGAUGACACGAAAAGUUUAAAUUUCAUUCCGUAAAAUUCUAAAAUACAAAUAGUACCUUGUGAAAGUACUACUUUAGAGGUUUCAUUUGAAUGGUCAUACCAUACCAUCGUUAGCUUUAGCAUAAAUUGCUCACAAGACAGACAAGACUUCAUUGUUCACUAUGAGGGUGGAACAGUUAAGAACAAGAACAGGAUUGUUUUACUAAAAGGUUAAAAUGCGAGGAGCAACCAGCUUAUAAGUCGACUUGCUCCGAGGCGACCUCACAAAAGUCCCUCCCAAUCGGGAAUAUAUAGCAGUCUAAGUCAACUCCUGGAAUCUCGAUCGAGAAUAUAAAUAGUCAGCCGAAUGGUCUUAAACGUGAGCAACAAGAACUUUGAUUAGGUCUGUGAGAGACAAGAGCUAGAGGUCCCCACUCCACCUAGAAAAAUAGAAUUCAAAAGACUUCGAGAAAACCCUCUGAUCUAGCCUUGACUUGCCUUGGUAAAACACAAACAAAAAAGUUCUUGAACACCUCUGAAUCUAAGCUCUAAUCAGGUUUCAUAAUAUAAUGAAAAAUUUGCGAAAUUUUGAUGAAAUGUUUACGCAAUUUCAAUCAAGCGUCUUAUUGAUUAGAGUCUCUCUCAAGCCACCCCCGCAGCAGUCUUCCUAACUUAACCACUUAGGACCUUUUGUAUUUAUUGAAAGAUUGUUUUGAGUGAUGCCUAAUGAAGUGUGGAUUCCUCUCGAAAUAUACCGUAUUUCGUCGAAUAGGCGCAACGCUAAAUUCUAAACAAGCAAACUAUGAGCGUCCCAACCCCUCCACUUUGGAUAUUCCGAGGACUACCGUUCAAAAUCGUUUAGGUUUGACUACAGUGUUACAAAUAUACGAGAACAGCUGCUUCUCAGUUAAGUCAAGUCCAUGUUGUUUUAGAUCCUUAGUAUGGGAUUUUCUGCACUUAUUCGAUCUUUUAACAUGGCAGCAAGUCUUUGUCCUUCUUCGAACCCAUCAGUGACAUAGUUGCAGUUAGCUGAUUAACGUGAUUAAGAGAGUGAUCAACAUCUAUUUUCUCCAGGCAAUAUGAAUACAUACUGAGGGGUAAAGGCUAUGAGAAUUUAUAAAAUGAUCACCAAAGUGAAAUACUUUGAUCUUUUGUCAAAUUCUCAUCUAAUUUCUUAACGAAAUGUAUCGAGAUCAGUCUGGAGAAUUUGCAGGUGGAUUUUGCGGCCGUAAUUUGUUAAAAACUGACGCCAGAAUCCCUGUCGUGCUGUCGUGAAGGCCUUUCGGACAUGUAUGUUUACGGGAUGAAAAUAAAAAUAACCUCCCACGCUAUUUCAGGCAGGUGUCUCGGGAAGGUCGCCCAAGAUGUCAUGUUGAUGUCUUGUAAAACCAAAAAUAGUUGUUGAAAAGCCACAAUCACAGAGACUGAUUCGGUCUAGUAGCUUUGAUCUGACCUCCCACGAAGACGUUCUUAGUGCUUCGUCACACCUAGCUAUUUUAAAAAGACACCAAUAUAACGCGCAUCAGGUUUAUCAGUCAUCCCGAUUUGAUGAAAAAAUGCUGUCAGGAAAUUAAAUUUAAAAAAAUACCUUUUUUCCAGAUUUCAGCUGUACGUCUUGGGGGAAUGUACGUAUAUGGACACUACGCUCCUACUUUAUGCUUUGUAAUUUUUGAAAACUUCUCCGACCGAAACGUACCUUCUCCUGCCCGUGUUUGA